CACACUACAGUCUUCAUAUUCUGGAUAAAAUGAGCAAGAAGUUCUCAAAUUUUUUAUUUAUGUUGACAGAGAUAUCUGCAAUCUACUACAGUUAGAGUAGAGGAAAUGAGAGUGAGGAGACAAGAUGCAGAGCAAUGGAUGUCUCAUCGUCUGCUUCCAGAGGACCUGAGAGAACGUAUAAGGAGGUAUGAACAGUACAAAUGGCAAGAAACCAGAGGUGUAGAAGAAGAGACUCUACUUCGUAACCUUCCUAAAGAUAUCAGGAGGGAUGUCAAGCGCCACCUUUGCCUAUCUUUGCUCAUGAGGGUGCCGCUGUUCAAAAAAAUGGACGAGCAACUUUUAGAUGCAAUGUGUGAUCGUCUGAAGCCAGUUCUUUACACGGAGAGCAGUCACAUAGUCCGAGAAGGGGAUCCAGUUGAGGAGAUGCUAUUUAUCAUGCGAGGCAGUCUAGUGAGUACAACUACUAAUGGUGGAAGAACUGGCUUCUUCAAUUCUGUUUAUCUGAAAGCAGGUGAUUUCUGUGGAGAGGCACUUCUUACAUGGGCAUUGGAUCCCCAAGGCCCCUCCAACCUCCCUAUCUCAACUAGAACAGUACAAGCUUUAUCAGAGGUCGAAGCAUUUGCUCUCAUGGCUGAUGACUUGAAGUUUGUUGCCAAACAGUUCCGCCGUAUGCAUAGCAAGCAACUCCAGCACACUUUCAGGUUCUACUCGGUGCAGUGGAGGACGUGGGCUGCAUGCUUCAUACAAUCAGCAUGGCAAAGGCACUGUAAGAGGAAGAUGGCUAAAUCCUUGCGUGAAGCAGAAGAAAGGCUACAAGAUGCUUUGGCAAACGACACUGCAAACACACCAAGCCUUGGUGCCACCAUCUAUGCAUCGAGGUUCGCAACAAAUGCACUACGAAUGUUACGGAAAAAUGGUAGUUGUAACACUAGAAUAGCUCAAAGACUACCCCCUUUGCUGCCUCAGAAGCCAACUGAGCCAGAUUUUACUGCUGAUGAUAGCUAGCCCAUGUUCUAGUCCAUUUUAUUGUUGGUAAAUAAGUUUAACUAGCAGAACAAGGAUGUAUAUAGUAGUGACCUAUACAUCACAGUUCCAACUUUAUCCAUUUGGGUAUUUUGUAAUUCCAUUUUUAAUUUUUUAUACAUUUCUAAUAAAAUAACAAAAUUGC